AUGGAUGAAGCGAGAGAAGAGAAAGUUUAUUUUGCGAAGGUUGCUGAACAGGCUGAGCGGUACGAUGAAAUGGUCAAGGCCAUGAUUGAUGUAGCUAAAAUGAGUGAAGGCGAACUGACAGUGGAGGAACGGAACCUUCUCUCUGUUGCAUAUAAGAAUGUUAUAGGAGCGCGCAGGUCAUCAUGGAGGAUACUCAAUUCAAUUGAGACAAGAGAAGAAGCCAAAGGCUCUGUUAACUUGGAAAUAAUCAAGCUUUAUCAAAAGAAUGUUGAGAACGAAUUGAAUGAAAUAUGUACCAGUAUUUUGAACCUGCUUGAUGAAUACUUGGUGCCGAAAGCUACUUCGAAAGAAUCACAAGUUUUCUUGCACAAAAUGAAAGGCGAUUACCAUCGAUACAGAGCUGAGUUUGCCGUUGGGGACCAACGAAAAGCUGCCGCAGAAAGCAGUCUUGUCGCAUACAAAGAAGCUACACAGAUUGCAAGUGACCUUGCCUGUACCCAUCCUAUUCGACUUGGACUUGCUCUAAACUUCUCCGUGUUUUACUAUGAAAUUCUGAAUAAUCCUGAAAGAGCUUGUCAGAUAGCUAAGUCAGCUUUUGACUUAGCUAUUGCUGAACUGGAUACAUUGUCCGAAGAAAGCUAUAAGGAUUCAACUAUCAUAAUGCAGCUGUUACGAGACAAUCUGACACUCUGGACUUCUAAUAUACCCGGUGAAGAAGAGAAGGAUAACACUGCUGCUUCUCCAAAAGGCGAGGAAAAGUAA